AUGCAGAAACUGGCAAAGCACCAGAAUGCACUUGGACAGUACUCGUCCCUGGGUACGGAAGUUUUCUUUACCGAAUUUGGUGCGGACUGGACAUCUUACAGGUCCGCGCGCAAUCGCAGGCGAGUAGACUUCAGUGGUCCCCAAUGGAGUUUGGAAACGCUCGAAGGAGAGCAGGAGAAUGGCCUCAUGCACAAGCAGUUCAUUCGUGAACACAUAGAAGUUUUAAACUUGGCAAAGAACAAGUUGACUGACAUUGGCUGUCUUAAUGCGAUGAAGGACACAAGGGCCUUCGAAUUUCGUCGUUUGCAGAUUCUCAAUGCGUCACGGAAUAUGUUGACGUUUGUCAAGCUGGUUAAUCCGAGCUUGACAGAGAUAAACCUGAGUCACAACGAGCUCAUCAAGCUCCCUGAUUUCUCAUCAUUGACUCAGCUCAGCAAGUUACUCUUGUCUCACAAUUACAUCGACGAUAUGUUAGACCAGUUUGGACAGCUGCAGAAGCUGCGCGUCCUGGACCUGUCCUCCAAUCGAUUCUUCUGGCGACCGACUCUUUUCAAGAAGCAGCUCGGGCACCUGGAGAGGAUCCACUUGGAGGAGCUCAGGUUUUGGCCGAACCCCUUCGCGGAGGGCUUCAAGGAAUACCAGUUUAUCACCGCGAGCACACUCACUUCCCUGACCUCCUUGGACGGUUUUCAGAUCGACUCGGACCUAAGGUUCCAGUUGCGCGUCCAAGCGGACCAGCUACAGUUGAACAUCGCAGACUUCUCCAUUUUCGACGUUCGUGUCGAGGACCGUGGUAAAGUGGGAGAGGCGGAAGAGAAAUGCUCCUGUAGAGGCACUUCCAGGCACCAUGCCCGAGCUUUGCUUGGCCCACACUCCAAGCACUUCAUCCCAGCUUUUCUCGGAGGCAGAGAGCAGGAAGUCGCAGGAGUUGUCGGUAUCUUAGAGACCCUCAAACUUGGUGAUAGGAAUGUCCCUCCGCAACAGAGCGGUGGAAAGGUACCCUUGCUGACCGAGCUUAUAGAAGCAAUGAGAAAGUCCUUGGACCAGCCGAACGAUCUCCUCAAGCAUGUGUAUGACUUGGAGCAGAAGGUCGUAGCCUCAGACUUUGCCAGUGGCACAUGCCACAUGCGCCACUGCAUGCAGCUUUCUGUGCUGUGCCUUGCACUCAAGCUGCAAGUCUUGCAGCACCCCAGCUGCAAUCGAACGAGUUCGCAGGUCUCCUGCAUGUGGAAUGCACACUUCUGGGACAGACGGAGGCUGAUGUUGGCGGAGGAUGGUGAACGAAAGCAGAGAAGUUACAUGAAGCCUGCAGAAGCAGAUCGUGCUGCAGCAGAGUUCGCUGACAAGAUGCAGCAGGUGCUCGGACGUUUCGAGAGCGUACAAGAUGUUCUUGUCAUGUGCCUGGUGCGAAUGCUUGGAUGUGGAAACAGGCAGCUGUCAGAACGCUGUGGCACCUUGCUGGCUGAGUGGGUGGAUGCCAACGCGGAGGAGCUUCAUGACCGAAUGGACAGCAUGUCCGAAGCCCUGUUCAACGACCUUCGCCAUGCGCUGGUUGUUGGCAUCAAGAGCGUCAACGAGAAGCCGAUGGCCUGUUACGAGGCCUCGCAUGGUGCACGAGAGCCAGAGGAUGACUCCGAGUUGGAGCAGACCGAAGCCAGCUGGCACAUCUUGGCAGCCCUGCGCAGAUUCGGGCCAAGCAGACUCUACGACAAGGUCGUGUCGCCUUGGCGAGCUCGCGUCCUUCGUCCUUUUCUGCCUGCUCUCUGCAGAGAGACGAAAGAGGUCUUAGGACCGGAUCAGCCACCAGAUCGGUGGUCUAAGUACCAGGGCUUUGACUCCUUCUCUGAGGACGUGGCGGAGGUGCUCGAAGUCCAGGAGAAGAACCUCGUAAGCUGCGAAGAGAAGUGUGUCCGCCAGGGCUUCGGAGGCUUCGUGGUGGAGGCAACUGACGAGCUGGGAAUGGUCAAGGUGUGCUUCAAGCAGCAGAGCCCGCAGACUUUGGCUUCGUUGAGAAGAAGCUCCGCCAAAAGAACGCUUCAUGUGAGGCCUCUGGGUCGUCCGCCGAAGAGGCCAAACAAGGCUGCAGAAGAGGGUGGUGGGAGAAAUCAUGCUUGGGAGGCGUGGGUAGACGGGCUUGCUGUCCUAGUGACGGCCACAAGCGAUUCCCAGAAUGCUGCCUACUGCGUUUCCUAUUUUGAUGCCCACCUCGCCGUCACCAAGCAUGAAUCGGACAAGCAGGGUUUCACGGAGGCGGCGCUUUUAGGCAGCAGCGAGGCCAACAAUGCCUUCGUGAGACUGCUGCAGCUGGCACGGAACCUCAUGCAAGCAUACGGAGAUGCUGGCCUAAAGGCCGCACGCCACUUCCUUGAAGCGAAGCUUCACACCAACUGCUGGGCUCGCGCUCGAAGGCGGCUCCAGGAGGGCGGCUCACCUUUGCCGGUUUCACGGCUCAGCGAAAUGAACCCUGAUGAUGUGGCUUUGAUCUCUGAGCUUGUUGGUAUCCUUCACACCAUGGUCAAGUGCGGAGACCUCGAGAUCAGCAAUCAGGCAAUGAAUGACAUUCUGGCCGAGAACGGCAUGGACGUCUUCGAGAUGCUUUUGGAGGUUGCGGCUUCGAGUGCGGAUCCAGAUCCUCUUUUUUUGGCAAUCUCGUACGAGUCCGUGUACGUCUUCGUGCAGAGUGACAUCAUGAGACCUCGUGUGCUUAGCAAAGUCAUCAGUCGCCUCAGAGAGACAGCUAUUCUGCUUCCAUACAUCCGUGGUCCGUACAUCAAAGAUGUGCCGAAUGAGAAGUACAUGCAGCUUUGGUGCAAAUGCGAACUGAAGUAUGGAAUGAAGAACGACGCUCGCGAGCGACUGGAGAAGAGAUAUACAAGCCUGGACCCGGACGAGCACAGCCAGUGGCGCGAACUGGUUCCUGAGAUCCGAGAGCUUCAGAACACCAUGAUGCAUCGAACACUUCUGGGCAUUGUGAAAAUUAUCCAGCUGUUCAGCGAUCUCGCCCGGCGUGAUGACAGUCCCCCCAGCCUGAAGAUGGUGACGGACAACGUUUGCGGGGGUUUCGUGAAGUCAAAAAAAGCUCUUGGGGAAAUACCGGGGGAUCUGUUGAAUGCCAACGAUCGCGAGCGGCUUCUGAUCGGACCUACCACCGGCCUGGUGACGUGUCCGGACUUCGACGUCAGGGUCGAGAGCUUGAUCUGCAUCCGACACGUGUUGGAAGCUACUCCAGACCAAUUUGACCUGGAAGAGAUGGGAUGGCUGUUGAACUAUCUCACAUCUGUGGGCAUGGGCAUCGGCAAGCAAGGCCAAUUCUUGACAGAGGUGAUCGACCUUAUCAAGAUGUUCGUCAGAAACAAUUCUCGAACUGGUCAAAGCUUCCGGAAUAAGUUUGCCAAAUACGCGAUCCGGGAAUGCUUCGAGAUGCUCACGGUGAAUAGCCGGAGAGAGACGCAUGGCAACAAGGAGGAAGCGAAAGCCAAGGCUGACCUAACGGCAAAGAUCAUCGAGCUCCUGAAGGAUUGCUCAAGGCCUUUGUCAGGCGGCUUGCGGAAAUUUCUACGGCGAGUCGAUCUGCUACAGUCCAUUCGAGAGGUGUUACAGCAGGAGGAGCGCACCAGUUCGAAUCCUGCUACGCAGAUUCUGGACAUUUGGACUGGCCGCGACAUCCGUCAGGUGCUCCUGCCGAUUGUCACAAGUCCUGCCUUCGACGUGCAUGGCCCUGUGGUUCAUGCUGCGUUGAUGCGGCUCGCAGACGUCUUGCAGGCCUACAGCUGGACUGAUGUGCCACCGACGGACGAAGCUGGACCCUGGCCGGGCCUGACGAUGCUCUACAGGCUCCUAGAUUAUCGAGAUGCGAUCGAGAACGAGGACAGUGGCUACCAGCAGGAGUACUUCAUGAACAGCCGCGGCUUGGACCCCCUGUUGGACUUUGCCCAUCGGUUCUUCGCAGCCAACGAAGAUCUGAAUAUUCUCCUGAACAGGGUGCAGGAUAAACUCGCACAGGAGCUCGGGGAGAAAGAGAGGAGUCUGCGGGCUAAGUGGGAAGGCCGUCAACAAGAUGUGCACCAAAGCGAGGCCUCAGUAAAGACGAAGCAGGAGGAGCAGACCAUGAGUGAAGUCGUUCAGGACUGCCUGACGGCGCGCCUGCGCAGCCUGAAUGAGGGGGCGGCUGCACACUUUCGGUGCAAUCUCAAUCAGUAUGACCAGAAAAAGCAAGAGUUCUCCCUUUCAAAGCUUGCCAAAGUCUACCAGAACUAUUGGAAAGACAAUGAGAAUCGUGCCAAUCAAGAGGUGCAAGAACGUGGUGAUGCUGUCUAUGAACUUCUCCGCAUACCUGACAAGAUCGCCAUAGACGGGCAGCUGCGAGAUGUCCAGGAUCUCGGGCGAGUGCCUAGAAAGCAGCGACGUAUCCGCCAACCGCACCGGGACUUCGAGAAGCUUAUGUACCAAGCUUUGAGUGCCCACAAGAUCAUGAAGCAGAUGCUCUGCGAUUCAUCCAAGAGGGACCACAACGAAGUGGCCAGGUGGUGUCAAUAUGAGCCUGAUGCCAAUGGGCCUCCGAGCGUGCUGGCCAUCGGUCUGCUGGACUUCCUGCAAGACAACCAGGCGCUGGCGAUCGAUGCAGGACUUCGUCCUCGCGAAGAGCUGCUGGUUCAGGACAAGUACAAGUACUUCAGGCGCCACGAUCGACGCACCAAUUUGUCCUGCAUCGUCUUGGAGUUCCCGGACGCUCGUUGCCUGCUUGCUGCACUGCAAGAGUUCCUGAAGCGCGCGCAGCGGCUAUUCCUGUACCAGGUUCGAAAUCGCUUUCGUUUGGCCUCCGACCUCGGCGAGUAUUGCAUUGCCUUGAAGUUCCAGCUUCAGCUGAAGGACUCGUCAAUCCACUACUCCGAGCUUCGCAUGUGCUUGAGUGGUAAGUCCAAGAAGAACAACACAGUGCAGCAGUAUCGCGAUACGAUGAGGAAGGUGGAAGAGAUCUUGCAGAGCAGCUGUGAUGUUCCCACCUCCGAGACGACUUUGGUGGCACAGUAUCUCUCGACCAUGCUGCGAAGCCGAAGCAUUCACCAUUCUGACAUCAUCUUCCUCCGCUGCAAAGACGUCAAUCUGGAGGUGGACGGCGAGGAGGUCUUUGCCCAGUCGGCCGAGCUGACGAGCUGCCAACUUUUUGUCAUUGAGCGAGAGGCAGGUGAUGGCGUAGUGAAGACUGGCGACCGGAUUCGCUUGAAGUCCAAAUUCACGCAGAAGUAUUUGGAUGUACACGCCAGCGGGCAUUUGAGAUGUCGCCUCGCAGAUUUUUCAGAGGACUACGACAUGACCUUUACCGUUGAAGCAAUCGGAUGCAGAGACGACUAUGCUCUUAGCCGCUGUGGAAUGAAGGGCAGCUUGACCGAGUUCCGAAGUCUGCACACGGAAACGUCUUUGAGACUGAAGGUCAGUGCCAGCAAUUUCGUGACCGUAAGGCAGGGUGCCAACUUCUUGACAUCAUUCGGCGAGAAGCUUUCCGUGAAGAGCGAGCCGAAUGACGCCGCACAUGAGGCUGGCCAAGUCUUUACGAUCUUCAGAGACGGUGCGUUGCUACUCGAUUUUCAUUCGACACACAGCGGGAGCCGUGCUGCCAUCAGGACAUUGGCACUCGAGACCUCCGACGAAAUUCUUCAAAAGACAAUGAUGGAAGCCCACAUGCGGACGGAGAUUUCCAACGGAGAUGUCGACGUUCAAGGGUCGUCCUUCCGAACUGUCCCACCGGAAUUCAAGACGAUGAUGUGGAGCAUCGCUGGGCAUUUCCGCCAUGUUGGACACUCAAAGCAUGCAGCUUCCCACGAGGCAUCAAGUCUGCACAAGUUGUGGACCAGGGCCUCCAAGAAUCUUGCAGCCAUCCUGCGAUGCCUUUUUGUGAUGAUGGAGUUCCCGCAGUGUGUUGGUGGUCGGAGGUAUGUCUUGGAUACUUUCGCGACGCGAAUGACGCAGCACUCCUCCCUGCCGAGGAUCAUCGCGCUAGUGUCAGCCGUGCAGCUCGUUCGAAAAGAGAAAAUGCCUGAUGGGGAGCUGGAUCUGACUUGUGCAUUGCUGCCGAAGAAGUUCAUGCGAUUUUGUUCCGCUUUGUUGUCGAACCUCUGGGUUUGCCAGAAGCCGGACGAGAUUGAGGCGAUUUUCACAGUGCCACGAGAACAAGAACGGCAUGAAAGGGAGCUGGCUACGAUUGAUCGCGAAAGAAUGCACUUGCUGAGUAUGGUGGGUUCCUACACCUGCGAUAUGGUGGUAAAGCCAAUGCUGGACAAGUUGCGUGUAGCUGGACAGCGGCCCCUCAGUCGCGACGAGGUGCUAGUCUUCCAAGACUUCGCCAGCCUGUGCAUGGCACUAGUGCAGAGCAUCUUUGACAAUGAGAUGCGAUGCUUGUCGCUCUCGAACCAGGCCAGUCAUCACCAUCACCAUCACGGCACCACAGCCAUUUCGGACAAGGAGAGAGCUGGCCCGCAAAGCGGGCAGAGUCCCAGCCACAAGGAUGCUGUGGCGAUUCCGCAGAACGUCGAUGAUGGUGAGCAAGGAGAUGCAUUGAACACGAAUGUCCUCCUUGCCUCGAAUGCUGACAAGCGCAGAGCUAACACACUAUCACAGGCAAGUUGGACUUAUGUGACUCAUUUUCGUGCAGGCAUCUCAAGUGCAACACUCGCGGUCAUGACACGACAGGACGCUCGAGCAGCUGUUGUUGCCGAGAUCAUUCCGCCCAUCACCAUCAAAGCACUGGUGCAUUUGUUCCUCUAUGCCCUUCACCAGGAAGCUAUAGCCUUCAGAAGUGCUACAAGAGACACGGAGAUUCCUGUUCGGGUCAUCUCGGGAAUCAUCAACCAGUGCGUCACGGCGCUGGCUGCGUUGAUGACGUUGACCGGCAAAUCCAACGCCGAAGUCGGCCCAACGGAGGAUGCCCCAGAUGCUUCCGGAUCCUGCGACUACGACGUUUGUGAAGCAAUCUCACAAGCCAUGACAGAGGGAGCUCAGUUGGUGCCCCGAGCCAGGGUUGCCCAGCUGCAGGCCGAGAGAGGUGCCGAUUGCCUUCGAGCCCAUGUGCAGAAGAUGAUGGAGGAGGGGAGCUUCGAAUUCUCUUCUCAUCGUGGCCCGAAGUUGAACCUGAGCACUGAGAGGGUCAGCACCGUCGGAUUUGUGUGGACGCGGUUGGCAGGAGACAUCCAGGCCUGUGCUAGUCCGUGCUUUUAUGACAAACAGCUGUUCUUGAAUGACCGCCCACGAAUCGUGAUGCAUCAGGACACAAGGUGCUUGCUCGUCACUACCACUCGGUUCCGCAUGAUCCUUUUGAGAGUGCCGGCCAGAGCAUCGGUAAUGCCGCAACCUGCGGAUCUUCACGUGCUGUCUGAGCCGCGCAACAUGCAAGACUUGAAGCGCGUGAUUUUCGACUUGAGGACACUGAACUCGGUGCUUGAGAGUGUCAAAGACCGCCAAGUGUCCAAAUGCCCUCAAAGCUUCGUGAGGAUGCGCCAGAUCCUGUGCUUGGUCUGGGAUGGAGAAGAAGGAUUGAAAUUUCAGCGUUUGGUAUUCGAGAGCUCCGGACGUCGACGUUCCUUCCAAGAGGUUUUGCGCAAAGUGCCGCGCAAGCAGCAAGAUACCGGCGAAGAGGAUGGAAAGAAGGAGACGGCAUCCAUCCGGAUGCGAGCACGGGGAAUUCUGGAGUCAGCAGUUAAGUCCACUUCGCUGGAGUCCCUGCGCGAGACUUGUCAAGUCCGCAGGGGUGGCAUUCCGCUGGUCAGCGUGACAUUUGUGCAGAGCACCGGGGGCCUUGGGCUGAACGCGCAGCUGGACAUGCUCGUCCUGACGCGAUGCAGCGUAACUGUCGUCUCGUUCAACAGCUUCUGGUCAAAGUUUUGGAGGUCGGACGACGAAAGCCACUACGAACGGGAGGUGACUCAAGCAAGCCUGGAUACAGACUCAGAAGACGACCGCUUGCCGGACUUCUCCGAAAGUGUGGUGGCCACCUCCAAUGACCACGCCGACAAGUGCGAGGCCUUACACGGUCCCUGGGACUUGGAGGACUUGCAAGGAGUCUGGUUCCUCUCCGAAGCGAGCCCCAAGGUUCGACUUCAGUUUGGGUCCACCCUCGAAGUCACUUUCUUGAGUGACGGGGAAAGGCAGCGAUUUCGCCGACAUUUGGCCACCAUUCUAGCAGAAGGUGCAGUUCCGCGAGCUGGCAAAGCCUCACAGGCAUGGGCGGUCGUCCCAACGGACAAGACGGACAUCAAGACGAUUCAAAAAGAAACGGGGGCAGUUCAGAAUGGCCGUCUGGCGCUGACGCGCGGAGAAGGUGACGACGUAGCUCGAGACGUGUUGCCCAGCGUUUGUUUUAGAUCCCGCUGCGCGCUCUGGUCCGGCAGUCCGCACAAAGCAUCCAGUGGCAAGUUUGCCGAGCAUGCCACCUUCGGUGGAGAGGCGGAUGCACUGAAUAAAAGAGUGGCAUGCACAGGAGAUGACAGCGAAGAAGAUGAGUGGGUGGUGUUGCUGGAGGUUGUGGAGGGGCUCCGGUCUGCGAGAGCUGCCUUCUCCGACGCGGAGUACCAAGUCCUGUACUCCCAGGUCCAUUCAGCGUGGGAUCCAGGUCGGCGUUUUUGCAAUCCCCUGCAGCGAGGCGCCGUCCGGUUCUGUCUCGAGGAGCACCACGUGCAUGCAGAAGAGUUGCUUGCAAGCUCGCGGAUCCUUUCUGUUGCCGCUUCCACCCUCACCACGCUGCUGCUGCAGGCUCCCUCUGAGAGCUUGUUCUGGUCUUCAGACGAGGCAAAUGCAUCGCGUGACGCAGAGCGCUUGGUUGAGGGAGCCGUGCGGAGCACUUUCCGGAACAUCAGCUCCUCAAUGCAGCAUCACCUCCACCUCGCGCAGGAGCUGGAUUCCUUUUCUCUCACGGAAGGACAGCUUAAAGCCUUCGUCAGCAUCCUCGAACAUCUAGUAGACCCACGUGUGCAAGAUCUAGGUCUUGCGGUGGCGAAGGCCUUGGAUCAGUAUUUUCAAGGGGGAGUGACUGGUGAGCAGGAUGUGAAGCUCUUGCUGCUCCAAGCCACACAGCCACGGAUUGUGGAGAUUCGAGAGCUAUGGCACGAGGUAAAGCUUGGAGCUUUACAUGGGCCCGGCUUGGGCUGGGGCGUCGCAGUAAACCCUGCCAAUCUCUUUGUUCUGCAGUCCUUCGGCCAACCUGUGACGUACCAGCCUCGACAGCAGGAGCAUUCCCAAGCCUUUUGGGUUGCGGCCGCGACCUUUGAACAAGCACGCGUACUUCUGCUCCAUCUUGAGGCAUUGCUGCGGACAUUCGGAAUGACCAUAAAUGCCCACGGCCUCUUGCAGAGUCUCAGUGGCAGCUCCGAGCCUUUCCUUUCACAGCUUUUGGCUUGCCACAGCGACGACGCGGAGGCGGCUGAGAUGGGCACAGAGCACGACUUGUCUCGGUACAGACGCAUGGCUUGCUCGAUCAAGUACGGAAGUGCCGGCAUCGAUGUCAUUGCAAGCAUCGGAGGCUCGCAUCCCGGACUAGCUCCAGCUCAGAGUUGA